AUGAGAAGGCAGCUCCGGUCCAGAAGGGCUCCGGCCUCUCCUUACGCUUAUCGCUACAGACUUGACGAUCAGGAUGAAGUGAACCAGAACUACUUAGCAGAUGAAGAGGAAGAAGCUGAAGAAGAGGCUCGGGUGAUGGUGGUACCCGAUUUGGAGGAGGAGGAGGAAGAAGAGGAGGAGGAGGAAGAGGAGGAGAUAGAAGAGGAGGAAAAGGAGGAGGAAAAGGGUCAAGGUCAGCCAGCAGGCAAUGCUUGGUGGCAGAGAUGGCAGAUCGUGAGCGAAUACCUGUGGGAUCCGGAGAAAAGGAUGUCUCUGGCCCGAACAGGUCAGAGUUGGAGCCUGAUCUUAGUCAUUUACUUCUUCUUCUAUGCCUCCCUGGCCGCUGUCAUCACCCUCUGCAUGUACACGCUAUUUCUGACCAUCAGUCCCUACAUGCCGACCUUCACUGAGAGGGUGAAGCCUCCUGGAGUUAUGAUUAGACCCUUCGCCCAUAGCCUUAACUUCAACUUCAACGUUUCUGAACCUGACACUUGGCAGCAUUAUGUCAUUAGCCUAAAUGGCUUUCUCCAGGGUUACAACGACAGUCUUCAAGAGGAGAUGAAUGUAGAUUGUCCCCCGGGGCAGUACUUCAUCCAAGAUGGCGAUGAGGAUGAAGACAAGAAGGCCUGCCAAUUUAAGCGCUCCUUCCUGAAGAACUGCUCGGGCUUGGAGGACCCUACUUUUGGCUACUCUACUGGACAGCCAUGCAUCCUUCUAAAGAUGAACCGGAUUGUAGGCUUUCGUCCUGAGCUUGGGGAUCCUGUGAAGGUGUCCUGCAAAGUUCAGAGAGGCGAUGAAAAUGACAUCCGAUCCAUCAAUUACUACCCAGAGUCGGCUUCUUUUGACCUUCGCUACUACCCUUACUACGGCAAACUGACUCAUGUUAACUACACCUCCCCGCUGGUGGCAAUGCACUUUACAGAUGUGGUGAAGAACCAAGCGGUGCCCGUCCAGUGCCAGCUGAAGGGCAAGGGCAUCAUAAAUGAUGUCAUCAAUGAUCGUUUUGUGGGUAGGGUGAUCUUUACUCUGAACAUAGAAACCUAA